AUGACGCAUCCCUUGAGAGAUAAUGGUUGGGUAACAGUGCUGCUGUUCAACUAUUUAUUGAGCUUCAACGAUGCCCGCUAUCAUUUCGCUUUGUCACCGAACAAUCGCGACGGUUCGAAGCAGCAGAAUGGACUAUUUGGUGGUAUCGUACAUGCGGGAAGUAUCGUUGGUAUGCCAAUUGUUGAUAGUAGACAGAAAAAUGAAACCGAAUUAAAGCGUGAAGAAGAUGAGGAGGAACGAAAUGAUGCAAAAGAGGACACUUUUGGAAAAGCAGAUUGUCGUACACAACGAGAACGAGCAAUGAGAAAGUUAGAGAAUAAUCCGGAAAAUGGAAAUUAUAUACCUACCUGUGCUGGUGACGGUGAUAUACUAUUUGACCGAAUUCAAUGUCACCGUUUGUCACAUAUUUGUUGGUGUGUAAAUCCGGAAACGGGUAUCCCACAAUCCGGUACAUCCAAAUAUAACGUUAAGCCAAACUGUGAUGGAAGACUUCAACGGGAUGAUAUUUCUAGGAGACAAAUUAAAGGUUGUUCGGGUAGGAAAAAAACCAAAUUUUAUCAGCGAUUAUUUUCUUCACUGAUUAGUGAAUGGAUUUUGGCCUUGGGUGAUGAGGCAAAUGAUGAUGCUAUCACAAGCAAGGAUAAAGCUGUUCGGUGGAAAUUCGAACAACUUGAUGUCAACAACAACUCGCAACUGGAACGAAAGGAAUGGAAAUUAUACCGAAAUGAAUUACGUUUGUUGAAUAAAGUACGAAAAUGUGGGCGAAAUUUUUUGCGCUUUUGUGAUCGAGAUGGAAAUAAGCAAAUUAAAUUGGAUGAAUGGCUAAACUGCACUAUUUAUGUGGAUAUGACUGUAUCAUCGAUGACAGCAGCAAAAACAAAAGUAACAUUGCCACGAAAGAAUCCAUUCUUGGAUAUCCUUCAUCCGGAUGACUAG